AUGGCGGCUGCUGUGUUUUUCGGAUGCGCCUUCGUCGCGUUCCGCCCAGCUUUCGCCCUUUUCCUGAUCACUGUAGCUGGAGACCCUCUUUGGGUUAUCAUCCUGGUGGCGGGAGCCUUUUUCUGGCUGGUCUCCCUGCUCUUGGCCUCUGUGGUCUGGUUCAUCUUUGUCCAUGUGACAGGCCGACCAGAUGCACGGCUCCAGUAUGGCCCCCUGAUUUUUGGUGCUGCUGUCUCUGUCCUUCUACAGGAAGUGUUCCGUUUUGCCUACUACAAGCUCCUUAAGAAGGCUUCUGAGGGCUUAGCAUCACUAAGUGGGGACGAAAGAUCACCCAUCUCCAUCCGACAGAUGGCCUAUAUUUCUGGUCUGUCCUACGGUAUCAUCAGUGGUGUCUUCCCUGUUACCAAUAUUUUGGCUGAUGCACUUGGGCCAGGUGUGGUUGGGAUCCAUAGAGACUCACCCUAUUACUUCCUGACUUCAGCCUUUCUGACAAUAGCCAGUAUUAUCCUGCUGCAUACCUUUUGGGAAGUUGUGUUCUUUGAUGCCUAUGAGAGGAGACGGUACUGGGCUUUGGGCCUGGUAGCUGGGAGUCACCUUUUGACUUCAGGACUGACAUUCCUGAACCCCUGGUAUGAGGCCAGCCUGCUGCCCGUCUAUGUAGUCACUGUUUCCAUGGGGCUCUGGGCUUUCGACACAGCCAGAGGUUCCCUCCGGAGUAGCCAGCGCAGCCUUUCAUGUAAGGACUGA